AUGGGCCGGGAGCUCUACAGGCGAUCCCUGACAUUGCCCUACCUUCGAUGUUUAAGCAAAGAUGAAGGGGAAUACAUACUACGGGAAAUCCACGAUGGAGUAUGCGGAAACCACCUUGCCAGUAGGGCUCUAGCUUACAAAGCUAUGCGACAGGGAUUUUACUGGCCCACAAUGAAGAAGGACGCGGUCGAGCUCGUCAAAAAAUGUGACAGAUGUCAAAGAUGGACAGAGGAACUCCCUUCCCUUAUGUGGGCGUACCACACCACCAAGAGAGCAGCAACAAGGGAAACCCCGUUCAUGCUUGUCUUCGGCGCAGAAGCAGUCAUCCCAGCAGAGGUGGGGAUACCCUCUUGGCGAAGGCAAUAG